AGUUGAGGAAAACAGAUCUGACAUGCGCAAGCAAAGAAUCAUUUUUAAAUAGUCGACUUUAGAUUCGUAACUCGUAAUCGCUAAACUAGCUAUCCACCAUGCGUGAAUGCAUCUCGGUACAUCUCGGACAAGCCGGUGUCCAGAUCGGUAACUCCUGCUGGGAACUUUACUGCAUGGAGCAUGGCAUCCAGCCUGACGGUCACAUGUCUCCUGAUAACAACAAAGGGGGCGGUGAUGACUCUUUCAACACCUUCUUCAGCGAAACUGGGGCCGGAAAACACGUCCCGAGGGCGGUGUUCCUUGACUUGGAGCCGACUGUAGUGGAUGAAGUAAGGACUGGGAAGUUCAGACAGCUCUUCCAUCCUGAGCAGCUCAUCACUGGCAAGGAAGAUGCUGCUAAUAACUACGCUCGUGGUCACUACACCGUAGGAAAGGAUCAAGUAGACCUAGUUCUUGACAGGAUCAGGAAACUAUCCGACCAGUGCACCGGUCUCCAGGGAUUCCUCGUCUUCCACUCCUUCGGUGGAGGUACCGGAUCUGGGUUCACUUCUCUCCUCAUGGAGAGACUCAGUGUGGACUACGGCAAGAAGAGUAAACUUGAAUUUGCUGUCUACCCUGCUCCUCAGGUAUCAACAGCAGUAGUUGAACCUUACAACUCAAUCCUAACAACCCACACCACCCUCGAGCACUCCGACUGUGCCUUCAUGGUCGACAACGAGGCUGUUUACGACAUCUGCCGACGAAACCUGGACAUUGAACGACCUAGCUACCCAAACCUGAACAGACUCAUGGCACAGAUUGUAUCCUCCAUCACUGCUUCUCUCCGAUUUGAUGGUGCUCUGAACGUUGAUCUUACUGAGUUCCAGACUAACUUGGUUCCCUACCCCAGAAUCCACUUCCCUCUGGCAACCUACGCUCCUGUUAUCUCUGCAGAGAAGGCUUAUCAUGAACAACUCUCUGUUCAGGAAAUAACAAGUGCUUGCUUCGAACCCAACAACCAGAUGGUAAAAUGCGACCCCCGACACGGCAAGUACAUGGCUUGUUGUCUUCUCUUCCGUGGAGACGUUGUCCCCAAGGAUGUGAACGCUGCCAUCAGCACCAUCAAAACCAAGAGAACUAUUCAGUUCGUCGACUGGUGUCCCACCGGGUUCAAAGUUGGCAUCAACUACCAGCCACCAACUGUUGUCCCAAAUGGCGACCUCGCCAAGGUACAGAGAGCUGUCUGCAUGCUGGCAAACACCACCGCCAUUGCUGAAGCCUGGGCUCGUCUUGACCACAAAUUCGACCUGAUGUACUCCAAGAGAGCCUUUGUCCACUGGUAUGUUGGAGAAGGAAUGGAAGAGGGUGAGUUUGCUGAGGCUAGAGAGGAUCUGGCUGCUCUGGAAAAGGACUACGAAGAGGUUGGUACUGAACAGGGUGCGGAGGAUGAGGGAGAUGCUGAAGAGGAAGAAGAAUACUAAACAACUACCGUCAAUAUCACGUGACAGACGACGCCACGCGUUCUGUUACGAGACUCAAUCCUUUGUUGCUCUUUAAAUGUUCUGUUUUGCCUGUUUUACUUGUGUCACGUAAAUUUGUUAAAAUUGCUUUUGUUCCCAGCUUGUGAUGUUUUGUAAACCCCACUAUAUAAA